AUGGCGGUGUGCAUAGCUGUCAUAGCAAAAGAGAAUUAUCCGCUGUUCAUCCGCAGUGUUCCUACUCAAAAUGAGCUGAAAUUUCACUACACCGUGCACACUUCAUUGGAUGUGGUGGAGGAGAAGAUUUCAGCUGUAGGGAAGUCAUUGGGGGACCAGAGGGAGCUCUACCUUGGUCUCCUCUAUCCCACCGAAGAUUACAAAGUAUAUGGGUAUGUAACAAACUCAAAGGUCAAAUUUGUCAUUGUUGUCGACUCAUCCAACACAUCACUGCGAGACAACGAAAUAAGAAGUAUGUUCAGAAAACUGCACAACGCGUUCACUGAUGUAAUGUGUAACCCUUUUCAUACGCCAGGAAACCCUAUUAAGUCAAAGGCAUUUGAUGAAAUAGUUUCUGGGAUGAUGACUCAAAGUGCUUAA